CUCCAAAUAUACAGUAGGCGUCAGGGUCGGGAUAGAACCCACGACCUCCUGUAUACCAGGCGAGGUAGUUAACAUCUUCGCACCGUGGCACUCUUAAAAUCAUACAUUUCUCUCCCUUUGUGCCCAAUAAAAUGUAACGUUGUGGAGGCAGCGCUAUAUAGGAUUAAUGUUGUGUAGCCUCCCGGAGUGAAGAGCCUCGGUAAGGGAAUUCAUGAUGAAAUCGUUGGCGUACAGGGAUGAAAAGAGGUCUGGGGUAAUAAACCAUCCUGUGGCCCACCCGGGCAAGCCAAGGCAAAAUACUAUCGAGCAAUCAAAGUCUUGAGAGGCAAGCUCAGUCAAAUGGAAUAAAACCAUCAUGAUUACCUUUCGCAUUGGCACCAUUCGAAUAGCACGCAAGGCUGUCACGGAGGUUCUCUGUUUCAAAGACAAUUAUAAUUUGCUGUGGUUUCACACUUGAGCAGACGAAGUUCGUAUAUCGCUUUAUCGAAUUGGGUAAUUUGCAAGUAAUUUUCAAAUGUGAUGAAUUUUGGUUCGUGCUGCCAACAAACACGUCCUACUGUUUUUCGAAAAAUAUUAUGGGAUCUUAAAUGUCCACUGUGAGUCAUGUGAUGUGUAUAUUUUUUAGUUUACUCACCCGCAGCGUAAAUCAAGCAGCAAACGCGCGACUACUAGGCCAUGUCCACCGCCCAAAGCCAGCAAGGACACGCCAUCAAUAAUAUCUGUAGUCAACGUGUGCGCGAACCGAGUUGUAACGUGUGGCCAACUCACUGCAGUGUGCUUGUGUAGAGGAUCCGAGUAGUUUAAGUGGAGCUUGAGGACUGAACUACAGUCAAUUGACAAGACCCAUUUCGUGUAAUUAUAAUUGAUUUUUGAAGCUAUACUUAAAUUACCCAUAAGCAAAGUUAAUUGUACAUUGAGGGCAUCCCAUCCUGUCGAUGAGGUCGAUCUUCAUUAUGAGCCAUGCCUUCUGCCCUAUUAUCCCAUUCAGAUAUUAUUCGCCACUGACCCCUUAGCUUUGGCCAGGACUCAAACUCGUGACUUGAUUCGUAUCACAAUAUCGAUCAAGCCAGAAAAACUGAGUUGCUGAAGCUGUCUCUGGUGAUGUUCUAACCAUUUCGGACGCCGAAUGAACAAAUUGCAGAGAUGGUCAGUUGAUACCACCAACGCACGCAUGCACGCGACCAUGUGCAAUAUAAGGGGAAAGGUAUGUUUAUCAAAACUCGGAAUGUCAAACAAAGUUACUUUUACGUCUCGGCCAGGAGGCCUUGACUUGGACUUGAUGUGCAGCUGCAUAGCCCUUGAGCGACCUUGAGAGUGAGGGUAGGAGAGUGGUGGUAGGUGGUGUUGGUAGUAGGCAGAGAAGCCAAGUGGGGAACGGGCUAAAGCAAUGGGCCAGUGCAUCUUCCGCUGCCAACGGGACGCCAGCUCUUCUAGUGCGUCUGCGUGGCCAAGCAAGAGCAACUCGAGCGCCGCCGAAAAGUCUAAACGAGUGCACGGCGGUGCCAGUCCCCAACGAUCCGGCCACGCUGACUCCCCGCUGGACACGUGCGAGCAGCGCACGGGCGGGGCGCACCUAUCCAAACCGGGCAGCGGAGACCUGUCCACCACCAUGCUGCUGUCGCAGGAUGACCGCUCACCCCGGAACUCGGGCCCCAGCCUGCACGAGUCGGAGUUCUCGCUGGCUCGCGCCCAUGCCCUCUUCAACAAGUACAAGGACGAGAGGGAGGACGCCAUCCUUGCCGAGGGCAUGGAGGAGUUCUGCCAGGACCUCUCUGUGGACCCCACCGAGUUCAUCGUGCUCGUCAUGGCCUGGAAGUUCAAAGCGGCGACGAUGUGCAGGUUCACCAGGUCAGAGUUUGUGGCUGGCUGCAUAGCCCUGCAGGCCGACACCGCCAAGGCCAUCCAGGCGCGCUUCCCCGAGCUGAUGGAGGAGGUGCGCGUCGAAGAGCGCUUCAAGGACCUUUACCGCUUCACCUUUCAGUUCGGCCUGGAUGCCGACGAGGGGCAACGCUCGCUGCCGCGCGACAUGGCGCUGGCGCUGUGGCGCCUCGUGUUCGAGCACCGGCGGCCGCCCGUGCUCGACCGCUGGCUGAGCUUCCUGGAGGAGAACCCGUCCAGCGUGCGCGGCGUGUCGCGAGACACCUGGAACAUGUUCCUGAACUUUGCGCAGACGGUGGGGCCCGACCUGAGCCACUACAGCGAAGACGAGGCAUGGCCCAGCCUCUUCGACGCGUUUGUGGAGUGGGAGACGGAGCAGCGAGCCAGGAUGCAGCACGGCACGCAGUCAUGGACAAAGCCGGAGUGGGAGGGGUAGCGCAUGCGUGUUUUCCCUGCUCUUUUCUUUGUAACGGAAGUCAUGAUUGAAAUGUGCAGUACUUUGAUUUCAUUUUUUUUACAUGCACAAAAGUAUUAUUUGAACAUUUGAUGCAGUAUAAAUUGAGCAUUUACCAUUUCUUGUGCGAUUUUGCAGAGGAGAGCGUGGUUUCCUUAUCGGGGCGAGUCGCGUGCGGUGUAAAUGUUUAUUGGCGACGUGUGUUUGCCCGAGUCUUAUUGAUGGUGGCUGAUGCACACGCACGUUUUUGAUAAUGCUGCCUGAAACAUUUUUCAAGUGGAUUUUUCAUCAUAGCAACUAAUAGUCACAUAGCCAAAAGUUCAGGGAAGUGCACAAAAAGGGAAUGGCAAAGCUUAUACUGUACCCUGCACACUCAUAUACCAAAUGAAUUAAGCCAUCUGACACGGCGGUUGAAGACUCGAGCUUGCGUAGAUUAAAACUAGACCCAUGGUUUUUUUUUUAAAGAUAUACAGCAGAGCUCCAAUAACCGUGAUCCAAUCAUCUUAAAAUCUCUGUAAUUAGCGGAUUAUUAGCGGUUUGCAACCGCUCCCGUAACCUACGGCACACUGUAGUGGGUUGAGAGUGCUUGGUGGACCGCAAACUACUGCUGUCCGUAGAUAUCGCCAGGGCCAACGUGGAGCUGUAGAGCGGAGCAGCCAGGAAAGCGCGGCAGUCAUUUUUUUUUAUUUUGCAAAAUAUUUGUUGGUUUUGUAUCACCACAGACCAGCUGUCCUGACGUGAUAAAUUUAGUGAAAAAUAACUUUUCAAUGUUUACACUUGAAUAUCGAGUCUAAAAGCUGCAAGCAAAUUAUUUGCAAGUGUACCCCAUAUGGUGCCUUAGAAAAAAUGUGCACCUUAGAAAAAAAGUAGUAACAUAAUCCGCUAAUUGUUUGCCGAUCUAAUGGAAUCGUGUGGCUAAUUCCUCCCGUAAUGCGCGGCACAGCGCGUUUUCGCACAGCGGUAACAUAAGUUUGACCUCCAUGAUGCACCGCCACUGACAGGAUCUAUGAUAAUGUUACCUCCAUAUCAACGUGGAUUACUGUGUUUCUGCUGUGUACCCAUUUAACUUUAAAAAGCUAUAUAUUAAAAUGUCCCUAUAAAGUAUAACAGAAUUACCAUUUUCAGGUGUCACAAUUCUUAAAACAUGAUGUAAGCUCAUAAAAUCAUUCACAUUUCUAAAUAAGCUUCUAAGUGUUUAUUCGUGUAAUUUUUUUGUUAUGAUAGAAUUGUUCAUGUUUAAUCACUUUGACUUUUGAAUGACAAAAUAGACACUUAAUCUACAAUGACUGGUAAAAUACUUAAACCAAGUCAAUUAUGACAAAAAAGCUUUAAUUAUGACAAAAAAGCUUUAAGUAUUCACGUGGAUAAGUUUGCACCAAAGUGCUGCUGACAGAUAUUUUACAGAAAUUGGCAGAGACGCUUUUUCAACGGACAUUGCUUGAGCCAUAUUUUUUGGUCUGCUCUCGGUAACUGUGAGGCACAAACUCCCGUCAACUUGCGCUCAGUCUGAUAGCUGAUUGGAUUUAAAUAUGAUCGUCCUGGAUUGAUUGAUUGACCAGGUUAGCACUGUAAAACCCACACCGGUAAUGUUUUUUUUAAAGAUUAGCCAAUUGUACAUUCAGCUGAAACUAAUUGGUAUGAAUUUCAAGUCCACACAACUGUUGAAUGAAAAUGUAUUGCCUGUUGAAUUUUAUGUUAAUAGUGAUUCAACCACAUUGUUAAAAGCACACUUUCAUUAUCAGGUUUUUUAAUUAUAUUUUUUUCAUUUGACAUUGAGAGACAAAUAGAAACUAACUGGAUUAUUUUUCCAUUUGGUCCAGCUUGGCGAUUAGGCUGCAGGGCGCCAGGGUUGGAGCCUUCCCCUGCUCGUUACGACAAGAUAUUGCCUUGGGACGGAAGAUCAUUUUAUAAAUAAGAACGGCAGCUGUGAUCAAGUUUGGCAGUUUCGGGGGAUAAUUGUAAAAUCCGAUAAUGCGCUUGUUGAACAUGCGCGGUUGACUGCAUUGGUGGGACAGCUGUGGCUCAUGUCUCGUGGUGCACGUGAGGCAGAGAAUGGAGCACGCGUACCCAGAGGCCACACCAUUUACUCACCAUUGUUUUUGUUAUAUUUUCAGCACGGAGUCUUUUUCUGGUGUCUUACCACAGGUGUCUCUUGCCAAGGAGAACUCGGGCUGUUAUCUGGUUUGUAUGUUCGUUGGGAGUUGUCAGCAGAUUCAGUUUCCAUGGCAGUGGUACAGAUGUGUCUGUGUUCAAGUAGUGUGCAACGAGAACAUUGGAAUCGAACAAGACUCUGUAAAAUGGAAGUGUCUGCUUACUAUCAUAAAUAUUUUAGGAUUGUUAAAUUUCCCUUUUCUAAUUGUGCUCUCAGUGUCGCCAUCAUCAGUCGAACACAUGCCCUUUCCAGAACCUGCGGUGAGCAGUACCUCGUAUCAUAGUCUGGGAACGGAUUGUGAAAGUUGAUGUCACAGAACUACUGUGAAGUAAUGAGCCUCGCAUGACGAGCGCCCAAAUGGUGCUCUGUUUUGGGCCAUCAAAAGCGUGGUCCAACAUGUUUAGGCCUCAAGCACGAAACGACCGAAUGAUGUGAAAACCCAUUAUGCUUUUUUGCGUGCAGUAGUGGGGAGAUUGAGCCGCGUUACGCUUGAAAACAGGCAUUGGAACCGAGUUGUUUUGGAGGGGCAACUGGCAUUGGGCAGGCACAGGGAUGGUUGGCAUGUUAGAUCUCACGACCACAUCGGUAUCUGUAAGUUGCAUAGCUUUUGCUGGAGCUGAACUUGGCUCCACUGGUUGGGAAUUAUUGGUGCACAUUACUUGCAUUAUAAUUGGGCUCCAUUACCUGAGCUUAAGGACAGUUAAAACACAGGGGAGUGAAAAUUGCAUGAAAGUAAGUCAAGUGUUCCUAAAGGGGCAUUAACCACAUGGCCACUAAAUGAUGAAGAUAUUUCAGUUAAACUAUCAACUGUGAUAACAUGUGAACAUUAUCUCUCUAUUCCUAGAUCGCCACAUAAAAUACAAUCACUGGUGAUCCUUCGUUUUCUGGACAUCUUCAGAAUUUAGUAGAGAAUGGAUCUUCUGUAUCAUAAAGGUUUUCUGUGUCUUAAUCCAGAGUUGGACCAUCUAGUGUGGUUAACAUUGACAGGCAAACACAAUCUAGCAAAUCUUAGUAGAAUCCAACAAGUUGACCACUAAAACGUGCAGUAUAUUGUUUUUUUUAUUUUUUAAGAAAAAUAAAUCCUAAUAGGUUGUACCUGAUUAUGUCAACAUGGGAUUUGUUUGGAAAAAACAAUAUUUUGCACCAAUAAGUUUUCGUCACUUACAAUAUCCUUGUUAUGGAGUCGCGUCAUGAGGUGAAGAAGAAUCCUGUGGGACUCCCCUUUAGCGGAGCGUCGUGUGACAACGGAGACUUGACCCCAGACGAUCAACCCACACACCUGGGCGUCCGAUUAUUGCAGGGCGGCAUAUGAAACCCCACAUUUGACUAUUUUCGUUUUAUGCGGCCAUUGGUGACUAGGUUGAAACUGUCAAAUCGCACUGUGCUUUAUCCAGUAAUCUCGUGAAGUCACAUGCGGCUGCCCGUGUUUACAGUCAGAAUGUCAGGGUGUGGGGCCGUGGGAUGACGACGCAGGCGUCAAUCCUCCUCGCCCUUCUCUUUCACCACGCCACCUCCCAAUCGCUGAAAAUGUCACCAUCGUAUACAGUAUUUCAUGCAGAUGUGUCAAGCCCCUUUGUUUGGUCAGUCCACUGCUGGAUGAGGACAUCACAGCCACCGCAAGUCACGGUGGUUAUUUUGCCGUACUUCGCCAGGCUGGUCGGUGCGGGUAGGUGAAGACGGGGCCGUGUUAACCGAGCCAUGCAUUUUUCUGCGCUCCGACGAUGACGAAGAUGUGGCCCGGCAGUGGCCUUGCAACACCAGGUUUGCUUUUUAUGCCCCCAAGCACUCUCCAGGCUCAACCCUUUUGCUUAGCUUCCAAGACCUAACGUGAUCGGGUGCAUUCCAGGUGAUGUAGUCCUAGGCACAGUAUUUCAUAGUUGUAACACAUUGUUUGAGUGUCAGUGUUGGGUUUUGUGAGAAAAGAGACUAAAAAUCUUUUGUUUUGAAGUUGUACUGUAUACUCAAAAUGGCAUAUUUAUAAGCGCAAAUGUUAUUAGUUGUUUACUUGUAAUUUAAGUAAUUUAAAUCUUAUAAAAUGGCAAUUUUCUGACAUUUUCUAGGAAUUUUAAAUAUAUUUCUACUUUGAUAAUAAUAAAACCUGUACAAUUUGUAAGGAUGUCCACUUGGAUAUCAUUGGGAGUUUGGUAUGUGGUUGUGCCAGUGUUGGUAUAAAAACGUCUCAAAUGAAAGCUACAUUUUGCUUUCACUGAAUUUGGUGGUGAGGGGAGAAAACUCGCAUUGAUGGAAACCUGGUCAGCUGUGUGCAUUGUCGUUAUAUUUACCAUUGUUUCCUGUGCCAUGAUUUUAAAACCCAGGGAAGGAGAUGCAAUACAAAGCUGUAUUUUUUUUUGUCGAUGUCUGUAUGCCUUAAACAAAUAGCCAAAAUGUUUAUUAGAAGAUAAAUAAAAAUAAGCUCAGAGUUGAAUACAUUCAAGGCAAACGUGUGAUAUUUAAGAAAAUAAAUUCAAUGCAUUUGGUCAUUUCAUUUUAUAAUGUAAUUUUGCUAUUGGCUAUCAUCAACAAGGGUGGCUGGACCAAACGUUCCCCUGUAAUAGUCUGCUGAAGCGUUUUUUUUAUUUGUACGGUUGAUGAAAACUUGAGAUUAUUUGCAAUUCAAAAUGUACAUUUAAUUGGAUCUUUAUUCAACAACUGUGUAUUGGAAUUGGUCAUUUACUCGGUGACAUUAACAUUGCACUCUUGGAAUAAAUAUUUUACUUGAUGACA